CUUUUCUUUACGCUUCUGUAUCAGCAGGUUUGCAAUUUUUACAUUUAUAUAGAAGUGUAUGGUGGCUACCCCAUUCUUACACAAAACAGUCCGUGGUUCUUUUUGUUUGGGGUAAUUGUCGGUGUUCUGUCGGCCUCCUGUGCAUUUCAUAAUCAUGCUAUCGUAAACAUUUUCUACUUAUGUUACCCUAUAUGUGUUUAUCUGAUACUGUUUGGGUUUAAUAUUGUUCCAUUUUUUGAACUGAUAAAAAUCGAGGAUGCUCUUUCACUUCAUGCAUGCUCAUCAAACAGUUCAGAGAUAAGAAGUGAAGUCGAAAGCCUGAAAGCUAAUUUUAAUGAACGAAUGAAACAAAUUUUGUUUUGUUCUGUUUUAACAACUUAUUAUGCUGGAUUUAUUCCUUGUUGUUUCGUUCAGAAUUUUCUCUACUAUGAUGUGUAUUGGGCUUCACAGCAUGUAGUUUUUAUUUGGUUGGGUUCUUUUACUUCAUAUUUUAUUCAUCUAUUACCGUUGCGUUAUUGUGAUACUUUACAUCGUUCCGCUAUACAUUUGGGAAGUUGGGACAAAACUGAGUCUAGAUCUCACUUGCCAGUGGCGUACUGCUGGCAGGAAGACAUGUUAUGGCCUCAUGGGGCUCUUGUCCGUUAUGGUAGAGACGUGUAUAGGGCCCAUGGUGAAUCUAAUGCUGCAGAGCCAGGAAAUACCACAUAUUCCCGAUUUUAUAGCAUUUUUAAGAACCCCUCAGUGGCCCUUAGUGGCAUUUUAGGUAUUCAAGUUUCACUGGUUUUAUUUCAAUUAAUUGUUCUAAUAAGGAGCACUUACUGGUACUGCAUUGUAUCAGUUACUCUGUUGAUGUUUUUCAAUUAUUACACUUUAUUUAAAGUGGCAAGAGAUUAUUUAGUUAGUUUAAAAAUUUACAGAGCCGAACAGGUAAUGCAGAAUAAAAUUACUGGUAAUUAAAUUUUAAGUUCUAUUUGUAUAUUUAUUUUAAAAAUAAACGAUUAAAUGAA